UGUGUGUUAUUAUAUAUAUUCGUUGAUAAUGGAGGAGUAGAUAUAUGUGUACUACCAUACAAUCUAAAUUGACUUAAUUUCAACUUAAUUGUCUUAUUUGUAAAUGUUGUUAAGAUAUAUUGGCCUAAGUGGCGAUGAGAUACAAUUUAUGUUACUUGUACGAGUAUAUCGCCUUAUAAAUGAGAGCACAGAGCAGUAAACUAAGUUCAAGUUGCAUUUCAUUCAUAAAAGACCGCUGCGCCUGGCUAAAUUUGAACUUAAUUGUUGUCUAUGCUACGAAAAGUGUCAUAUAUCAAAUAUCUUUAAACAUAUUAUAUAUGUUCACAACAGAAAUUUAAAACAAUUCAAUUUUCUCUUCCUUUUUUCUUUAGUUAAUCUUUGAGUACAGCAGAAGAACUCGUACGUUGACCGCAAAAUAGUAUCUCAAAAUUAAAUUAAAUUAUCAAAUGCAACAGUUUAACAAGUGAAGUUACAGUGUUCGAAUGUUGAAGUGACAACAGUUAUAAAAACGUGUCUCAAUUGCAUUUAUUUACAGUUAAAAUUUCUCAAUAAAAACACUAAAUUAAGAUAACCUCUUGAGAAUGCUACAAAAUCCAUCAAAAUAUCAUCCGAAUCCUUUGUCACAUUUUCUAGCAUUGCAUAACUCACAAGCUGCACAUAAUGCUCAUGCUCACAUAUUACCAACAUCAAUGGCAGGUCAUAAUCAAUUCCAGCAGCAUAACUCAACAAUUAUAUCCAAUCACCAUCAUCAUCAUCACCACCACAAUCACCACCAUCACCAUUUGAAUACAAUGCACCCGCACGCGCAUAUCAUCGACUCCACCAAUACCACCCUUGAUGCAGGGAAAUCUUUCACAAUUGCCGCCAUUUUGGGUUUACAAAAGAGCGCCAUUGAAAGCAAUCGCAAGGAAUACAACAAUGUCAUUAACUUGUCACUGAACAGCAGCAAUAACAACAAUCAUCAUUCUGCAGACUUAAAUAUGGACAAAAAGGAUGAAAGUCGCUUAAUUCAUAAUUACACCAACAAUCACAGCACCACUAACAGCAGCAACAACAACAAUAGCUCAAGCAAUAAUAACAACAACAGCAAGGUAAGCGUUGGCAACAAUUUAACAAAUUUCAAUUUUAAUUGUGAUAACAACAACGCAACACUGAGCAAUGCUUUAGUGAAUCGCUAUUUGCCGACGGCAGUCGCUGUGGCUGCGGCAGCAAAUGCAAACAGCAAUGGAGGUGCGCCCUCUGCUUUACAAAGUCUGCAACAAUUACACAAACAUCACGCACAGCAAACGAAUCUGGCAUUUCAAAGAGAGAAACUAAAAUCAGAAUCUAUUUCAAAAAAAUCAUCACUUAAAAAUAAACGUGUUCGAACCAUUUUUACACCAGAACAAUUAGAGCGGCUUGAAGCAGAAUUCGAGCGGCAACAAUAUAUGGUUGGGCCAGAACGACUUUAUUUGGCACAUACUUUGCAACUAACAGAGGCUCAAGUAAAAGUUUGGUUCCAAAAUCGACGUAUCAAAUGGCGAAAACACCAUUUAGAACUAACACAGCAGCGAUUGGCAUUACUGCGGCAAACACAAAUGCCAGCAAACACCGGAAGUGAAAAUACAGCCAAUUGCGCAGCACUCAUGUCAAACUGUGAUGAAGUUGAGGACAAGAAACAUAGAGAUCAACUUAGCGAAUUUAGUGUAAGCCGUCAACCGUCCGAAUCCGAUUUGUCAGUUUGUAAUGAUUCAGUGGAUGCAAACAGUUUAAUUGAUGGCGGAGACGACACAUAA